AUGAAUUUUUUUUUAAAUCCGGUGAAUGGAUAUGUGUCGAUUGAUAUUUUUGUCGAAGCGAAAAAAGUUCAGCAAGAAGCUGUACCCGAUGACUCAGCUGUUGGUGAUUGGGGAACGUAUAUGUCUAUGAUAACCCAAGAUUUGCCGAGCUUACCAGUAGUAACUCAACAAAUGGGCCGGUUUGGUAUUAAUGAAGAUUAUGCAGGUCCAUCGUCCUAUGCAGGCCCAUCAUCAUAUGCAGGUCCAUCGUCGUAUGCAGGCCCAUCAUCAUAUUCAGGUCCGACUGCAUAUUCAGGUUCAUCGGGUUAUGCAUGUCCAUCGAAUUAUGUGGAUUCAUCUGAAUGCGAUGAUGAAGAUGUCGAGUUCGAAGCUGAUAGUUUGUUGAACACUGAGCAAGCUGACUCAGAACCAGAUGAGGUCGAUCUGCCAGAACAGAUUGAACAGAAUAAUGACGAUGAUGGUGACGUAAGUAUACCUGUUAUGAUGGAUGUUCUUGGUGAGAAUGCACAAGAGCAAUUUGACUUGAACAUGCCUGCCAUGCCUGACCGAAUGACCCUAUAUCCGGACAUUCCAUUUUUUAGCACAACACAUCCAGAAGUCCCUGCUGACUCGAUUGAUAUCCCUACUGGUAGGUGGGGUAAUUUUUAUGACUCUAACACUGGGGAGCUCGCCAAUGGGAUGCUGUUUAAAAGUAGGGACCAUUUAAAAGGAAGCGUGCAAGAUUAUUCGGUCCGGUUUGCAAGACGAGAAUACCGGGUGGUGGAGAGCAAGAAAAACUUAUGGAAAGUCGCUUGCAAAUAUGAUGCACAGACUGGGUACGUCGGAUCACAUACAUGUCUGAUGAAUGAAAUUUCUGUUGACCAUGGUAACUUAGGAAAGAGUAUGAUCGCAACACAUCUGCUGGGUAUGGUUCGUCAAGACCCAUCUUGUGAUAUAAAACAUGUCCAGCAGAUUGUGAAACAUAAAUUUGGAUUUGAAGUCACAUAUCAUAAGGCCUGGUGUGCUUUGAAAGCCGCUAGAGAACAGGUGUAUGGAACGUGGGAGAGUUCUGUUCAGAAGUUGCCCAAAUAUAUGGCGGCAUUGAAAAAAUGGAAUCCCGGGACCGUUGUGGAGUGGUUGCAUUUGGAAACAGACACCCCGAACAGGUACAUGUUGAAUUAUGUUUUCUGGGCUUUCAGACCAUGUAUUGAGGGAUAUCGUUAUUGUCGUAACGUUAUAAGCGUGGAUGGAACACAUUUGUACACGAAGUACAAACAUAAAAUGCUGGUAGCAGUAACUUUAGAUGCAAAUCAGCAAGUGUUGCCGUUAGCGUUUGCACUCGUGGACGAAGAGUCACUUGCGUCAUGGCGUUGGUUCCUCCGAAUGCUUUCCAAAUAUUUGUGCCCGUCAGAGGAUGAUCGAGUUUGUUUGAUUUCAGACAGGCAUGCUGGUUUGAUCAAUGCUAUAAAUUAUGUGCCCGCAUUCAAAUUUCCCCGCGGAGUACAUCGAUUUUGUUUACGGCAUGUCUGCUCAAAUUUUAACACAAAAUUCAAGAACAUCCAGUUGAAGGAUAUGUGCUGGAGAGCAGGGGCCGAAGACAAUCCUCGAAAAUUUGAUAGAAUAAUGGAAGAGAUCAAAUCAUUGAACGAAGAAGCGUACGACUGGCUUGAGAGAAUUGACAAGGCUCAAUGGACGUCGGCGCAUGAUGGUGGUUGGAGAACGGGUAUUCUAACUACAAACAUGUCUGAGUGCAUAAACGGAGUAUUAAAAGGUGCGAGACGCUUACCAAUUGUGGCUAUUGUACAAAUAACGUUAUCCCGCUCUGUGCAGUAUUUCUUGCAGCGCUCUACACGGUGUAAUCGUAUGAUCAAUGCAAAUCAACAAUGGGCUGAUUAUGCGUUCAAGUUGUUCGAGGCCCGUCAGGCAGAGGCAGUACGUCACAUUGUUCAGAAAUUUGACUAUAACCAACAAUCUGCCUCAGUGGUGACAUUGAGCUUGACCGGGCAGGGCUCCCGUACUUAUGUCGUCAAAUUGAAGCAUCGUAUGUGUUCUUGUGGCAAGUGGGGUGCAAAUGGAAUUCCAACAUGCCAUUCCAUUCAGGCAUGUCGGCAUUUUGGGGUUAACGCAUCAAAUUUUAUUCCUCACUAUUACAGUGUACAAUCAUACAAGAAGACAUAUCAAGGGAGGUUUGAGCCUGUGUACGGUGAAGAAUAUUGGGAACCGGUGGAUUUUGAACUUGUGCAUAAUCCCGCACUGCGAGCUCGUCGAGGCCCAGGUAGACAAGUAUCUACUAGAAUACCGAACGAAAUGGAUAGACCACAAGUACGUGCUCGCCAACAAUAUCAGGCUCGUCAAGCUCGGGGUUGA